AUGUGGGAUGACUUGUAUGAGAAGAUUGGAGAGGUGCAAGAUACGACAAAUUUGCCCAAGGCGUUGUUCCCAAUCGAAGAGAUUCGGCAAUCCAAGCAGUGGAUGAAGAUCAAGAAGAAUCUCGAAAAGACGUUCUUUCCGGUCGACUCUGCUUCACCCCUCAUCUCGUCUCUUAUCGCCUGCCAGAAAAAAGAGGAACGGAACUCGUAUCCGCCGCUGGUCAAAGUGCUAAACGCAAUCUUGAAUCAUAUCCAAUCGAACACUACCAACGAGAGGGAACUCGGUCCUCUGGCAUCCUCCGCAUUCCGUGUGUACGAUAAAGAGGUUCGAGGAACGAUUGAUAGCAUAUCUGGGAGACUCAAGCCCGAUAUCCUUUGGCUCCUGUUGGACUCUGUUGAAGAUGCGCGGAGACAACGGGGAGAGGCCGCACAGGUACUCAUGAGGAGCUUGUUUUGGGCCCAAAUAUUCAGUACGGGCGAGGUGCAAGAGAGGAACACCCCGCUGCUCCAGCAGAACGCUACCUACAUGCGGGCGCUGAUGUCAAUGGGAAGGUACUAUACCUCCACCUUCGUCUACAACCACAAGCGGUCCACGUUCCGUUUCUGCUUUCACGUCCCAUUUGCGGUGUACCUCACGAAGGAGUUCAAGAUCGACGACAAAGAACAUUUUAUGGAGGUCGCGGAGAUCAUGUACGCCAUGUGCAAGAUGACGCGUUAUCAGCUUGGAUACCACCCAUUCCUCGAAUUGAUCGACUAUAAGAAACAGCGGGUUGCGCUGCCGCUGUCAGACCGCGGGUUGAAAUGGGCCUCAAUGAUCCAGCUCUGUCGCCGCGUUGGAGCUGUGGGCCGUCAGACUCUGGCCGGUCGGUUGUCCAUGAUAGACGACGACGACGACAAACUUGCCUCUAAAGUGCAGAAUCUCGCAUUGAAGGAUGCAAUACUCCUGCAACCGCAGCAAGAUAUCGUCACCUUCCGUCGAGGCUUUCUACGCAAAGAUGGCGGCCCUGUCGGUCAUCCAAAAGUUCAAUCAUCUGGGGCUAGGAGAUCACUGCGCAAACCUCAACCGCGCGCUCUCGUCAAAACGGUCAAGUCCGAACCCAUUCUCCUGGAUUUCGGGAAGAAGCUCCCUGCUAAGCAGCUGCUCAAGUUGGAACGAACGAUCUUGCCCUCUUUCUCAUCACGGAGUGCAGACGCGUUCGUCGGGAACAUUCUCGGCAACCGAAAUGAAGAUGUUUUGACGACCUGGUUAACGGGCUUUGGCAGUGUUGACAAAUGGGAUGGAGUCUUCCGACGAUCCUAUCCCAGUGUUAAACAUGUCGAUACUGAGAUCCAAGCUUUGGACGCUGCGAGAGGAAUGCACGGCCAUGCUGAAUACUACGUCUCUGUGCAGCUAGAUCACUACUACCAGGACUGGUUCAAGACACCGCUCCAUCGUUGCGGUGAUAUUAACUCUCCAGAUGUUUACGAUGCCGCCAAGUCGGGGCUGCUAGACCUAGAGCAGCGCACGGAACUGGCAGUGUACACUCCGACCGUUGGAGGACCUCUCGAAGAAUGUGAAUCGCCACGGAUACUUGUCCGAUGCCUGCUGGAUUGUUUAAUUGGCCUCGCAAAUUGGUUUCUCAACAUCGAGACGUCUCUACGGGGAACCUGCUCCGACGAUCAGUAA